AUGUCAUCAUUCAUUACCUUGCCGGUCGAAAUUGUAUAUCGCAUCUUAGAUCACCUUGAGCUCGAAGAUAUUUUCUGGUCUGUCCGCAAUGUCUGUCAACGAUUCGAAAAGAUUCUUAAUACAUACAAACAUCCUAAAACAAUCCAUACUUUGAAUGUUUAUUCUAAGAAAAUUACAGAUAAGGAGGCGAAACAUGUGGGGAAAAUAUUGAAAGUUGAUGAAGCACUUGUCGAUCUAAAUUUUGGCAAUAAAGGGAUCACCGAUAAAGGGGUGUGGUACUUGGCUGAUGCACUGAAAGUGAAUAAAACACUUACUUCACUUCGGUUAUUCGGAAAUCGAAUUGGCGAUGUUGGAGCACAGUAUCUAGCUGAUGCAUUAAAAGUCAAUCGGACACUCACUACGUUAGAUCUUCGGUGGAGUAGUAUUAGCAUUGUCGGUGCCGAGUAUUUGGCAGACGUCGUAUCGAUAAACGAGACAAUCGAAGAGCUGUGGUUGGGCGACAAAUUCAGUGGUGUUAUCGCGGCAUGCCAUUUAGCCAAACUAUUACGAGUCAAUCAAACGAUCACAGAAAUAAUUCCCUACAACCAGUUGCCGCCAUCAUCUCUACCUCUGAAAUGGGCUACUGCUUGGAAAGUUCCUCAAACACUCACUAAACUUGGUUUGCCGUCAUAUAAAUUGCAUUCAAGAGGUGCAUAUUAUCUGGCUGAUGCACUGAAAUGCAAUCAUACGCUUACCAAAUUGGAUCUUACAUAUAAGUAUAUCGAGGAUGGUGGAGCACAGCAUUUUGCAGAGUUUUUGAAAGUCAAUCAAACACUUACUUCAAUCAAUCUUGCAUCGAACUCUAUUCACGCUCAUGGAGCACAGCACUUGGCUGAUGCGCUGAAAAUUAAUCAAACACUUAUCGAAAUCAAUCUCGGCGAUAACUAUAUCCAAAGUGCUGGUGCUCAGUAUCUAGCUGAUGCAUUGAGAGUCAAUCAAACACUCAAAAUACUAUAUCUGCGUUCCAAUGGGAUUGAAAAUGAUGGAAUACGACACUUAGCUGAUGCAUUGAAGAAUAAUCAGACACUCACUACACUGACGCUUGAUAGCAACCGUUUUCGGGAGCAAGCAUCAGAAUAUUUGAUUGAGGCCUUGGAAAUCAAUCGAACACUAACAAAAAUAGUUGCGCAGAGUUCUGUUAAUGGCCCUAUUGAAGCAUGGUUUUUGGCAAAGCAUUUACGAACCAACAAGACACUUGUCACACUGUCUAUGUUUGGACUCGCUAGUGGAAAUGAAGGAGAACUGCUUCUAGACGAAACACGACACAUGAGUCAAACGCUCACUACACUCCAAUUGAAGUCAAAUGCAAUUCUUGCACUAGGAGCACGCUAUCUUGCUGAUGCACUUAUAGUCAAUCAGGCAAGAUUGAUCAGCGUUUUUGCAGCUACGUCACGGUUGCUAUGUUUAUUUUACAGACACUGA